AUCUUGCAACAAACAAUAUAAAAAGUCCAGUUGCAGACAGCAGUGCACUGCAACGCGUUUGGACAAGAACACAAACAGAGCAACGCAAACUUAUCAUGGAUGUUUCCACCACAUUAGGGUUAGCGGGGUUGGUUUUAACUUUGCUCUGGUGGUUGACAGCUAAGUAUAGAAGUAAUGUCAAUUUACCCCCAGGUCCCCGUGGACUCCCACUACUGGGGAACCUUCUACAGCUGGACAAACUCGCACCUUUCACAACGCUGCUCAAGCUCAGUGCCAGCUACGGCCCGGUGAUGACCCUACAUUUGGCUAACCAGCGGUUGGUGGUUCUUGUCGGGUACGAUGUGAUAAAGGAGGCCCUGGUGGAGAAUCCAGAUGAUUUCACCUCUAGGGGACCUAUUCCUCUCCUGGUCAGGGCGACCAGGGGCUACGGCUUGGCCAUCAGUAAUGGAGAGCGGUGGAAGCAGCUGCGUCGCUUCACCCUGUCCACGCUCAGAGACUUUGGCAUGGGGCGGAAGGGGAUGGAGGAGUGGAUCAAAGAGGAGAGCAGACACCUGGUGGACCGCAUCACUAGCACUAAAGCAAGUCCCUUUGAUCCGACCUUCUUAAUGAGCUGCACCGUCUCCAACGUGAUCUGCUGCCUGGUGUUUGGUGAGCGCUUCAGCUACGAUAAUGAACACUUCCUCAGCCUUCUGAAGAUCAUCUCACAGACGUUAAAACAUUUCAGCAGCCCUGUCGGCCAGCUGUACAACGUCUUCCCCUGGCUGCCGGACCGACUUUCGAGGCGGCAUCGUGCUGCUUUCAACAACAUUGAAAAGCUCCGCAAGUUCAUCAUGGAGAAGAUCCUGGAGCACCAGGACACCAUGAACCCUAGCUCCCCCAGAGACUACAUCGACUGCUUUCUGACCCGACUCAAACAGGAGAAGGACAAUCCCACUUCUGAGUUUACACUUGAAAACUUGGAGUCCACUGUAUUGAAUCUGUACCUGGCAGGAACGGAGACAACCAGUACAACCAUCAGAUUUGCACUGAGCGUGCUCAUAAAAUACCCUGACAUACAAGAGCACAUGCAGCGAGAGAUUGCCUCUGUCAUUGGGUCAGAACGUUGCCCAAAUAUGGAAGACAGGAAGUCCCUCCCCUUUACGGAUGCAGUGAUCCAUGAAGUCCAGAGGCUUCUGGACAUCGUCCCAAUGAAUCUCCCUCACUAUGCUGAGCAUGACAUCUCAUUCAGGGGCUAUGACAUCCCCAAGGUACAGUCAUCCUUUCCAAACAACAUACACAGUCCAAAUGCUGAUGUCUCCUCCACAACCUUGUGCUCUAAUUGUGUCACGUGUCAACAGGGCACCAUGAUCAUUCCCAUGUUGCACUCUGUUCUGAGAGAAGAGAAACACUGGGAAACCCCCUGGUCGUUCAAUCCCCAGCACUUCCUGGACCCGGAUGGCAACUUCAAGAAGAACCCUGCAUUUCUUCCAUUCUCAGCAGGGAAGAGGUCCUGUGUGGGAGAGUCUCUGGCCCGGAUGGAGAUCUUUCUCUUCAUGGUGUCUCUGGUGCAGCGGUUCACCUUCAGCUGUCCGUCAGGACCAGAGCACAUCGACCUCAGCCCAGAGCACAGCAGCUUCGCCAGUCUGCCGCGCACCUACCACAUCGUCGCCACGCCACGCCAAAACUGACCCUGUGUGUGUGUGUGUGUGCGCGCCCCAGUGUACCUCAGUGUGUCAGCUCUUCGGAGGGAUGGUCUACGCUCAAGUUCCAAAACAGUUGAGACACUUAUGAUUAAGAUUAAAUAUGUAUAAACUACGGUAAUAUCUGUCUUGUAAUUACAAAUAACUGUCAUACUAUAGGGAAUUUGUAAUUGCGAUCUGGUAAAAGAUGUCCGUAACAUACAUAGUCCAUCCUACCGGAAUACAGAUACUAUUACACUUAAUCACAAGGCAGCGAAUGGAGAACUUGGUUGAGCGCACCGCUCCCAAGUGGCGUCACUAGGCUGUUUUAUUCGGGGCUCAAGCCCCGGAUCUAAACUGAUUAGCCCCGAAUCUUUUUUUUUAAAUUUUCUUUAUUUUGCUGCAUGCAGAGCCUGUGCCAUAUCCGCACGUCGCACAUGCUCCCAUUGUUAGGACUCUUGCGUAGCUUACUGCUAGGAAUUUCUGUUCUACUGCUCAAGAUUUUAAGCCAUGAAUUGAUGAACUUGCAUUGAAGAAAAUAUGUCAGUUUUCUGUGGGCUGUAAAUAGGCCAAUCUAUGAGGCUAAAUAUAGCAUGCCAAUAUUGAUGACUGAUUGUGUCAAGUGUUUAAGGAUGAAUGCUAGCAUGAUUUGUUUCCAACUUUUGACUUAAGUUACAAUUUGGCUAACUAGCUAGCUGCCGACAAUUUUCAAUUCCAAUGCUGGCUGUCAUUUCAUUACCAAUGUUAAGUGUCAUAAAUAGUUAACACUGGUGCUGAGUCAUGAUUCCUAAAAAAGAAAUACCUAAAACAUGUGAUAUGUUUUCAAUUUGCAGAAAGUUUUGAAAAAUCCAGGAUCCCUGAGAGCCUUACUGCAUUAUAUUCCAUAAUAGUUGUUUCUUUAGGAACCUGAAUGUUGUCUUUUCCUUCACAGAAAAAAAAAUAUGUCCACUAUAAAAUGAUGCAGAAAAGGCACAGAUAGAUGAAUACAAAUCCACCAGAAUGCAGGAAAUUAAGUGUUUGACGCUCAAAAAUUUCUGGGGGAGCACCCCAAUACUCCUCACCUAUAAUUUGUCCCCCAAAAUGUUGAAAUGAAAGAUAGCCUAUAUGACCCUGUACGCAGGCUGGAUACAAUAUAUCCAUCUAUAUGUUGUUUUUACUUUUUGGAUUAAAAAGAAGGCAUGUCAGCAAACUCCA